AUGGACGACUUUCUCACUCCGCUCAGCACCACAUACCUCAAGGGCAGGGACGUGGUUGAGCCAGUCGACCUUGCACCAGCAGCCUUGAAGGAGAGCCAUGUUCCCGUGGUCGUCACGAACUUGAACGAGGCUAUUGAGACUCUCAAAAAUCAGCCAGACUACGAUUCUCUAUUAUCGACUCUCAAAUUUUUAUGCGACAAUUCGGAUACAGUCACGGACAGUCCUAGUCCUCAAAGCGCAGCUGUCGUCCAUCUUCUCGUCACCGAAAUCACUCCCAACUAUUGGACUCUCCUGCUAGAAUCUUCAACGCCUUCACCUGAUGGCUCCGUCUCAGAAGACAGCGAUGCUGGCCUAUUGUUGCGUUUUUUCAGCAACCUCACAGGUCUCAAGGCCAUUGUCUCUCAUAUUAACGCUCUCUUGGCCGAGGCUCGAAACAGGAGGAAGGAUUUAUCGUCACAAGACAUUCAUCUUCAUCUUUCGAUAAUUCUGGAUGUACUAGCCUCUCUUCUCAGAGGACCUGAUUCUAUUCGUCGAAUAUGGAUUGCUUCGGUACAAAAGCUGCCCGAUGCUGCAAUGAGAAAAAGUCAGUCACAGACUUUGUACAGCUUGCUAGCGAGCAGCCGCGUGCUUUCAGUUGCUUCAGAGGCUUCGAAUCUUAUUGGACUCGACAAACUGAAAGACACGACCAAAUAUAUUGCCGAUGGUCCAGAAUACGUCAGAUGGAUUGCCACCAACAUCGCGUCCUGGGCAAAAGUAGCUUCAACGGAUCUAGAAUUUCGAUCUUGCUCUGAUGUCAUGCAAAGAGCUAUGUCUUUGGGCUACCAAAACGGCUUGGUCAAAUUACUCGUCGAUGAGCUUUUGCUUCGCUCCGACUCAAAUCCUGCCACCUUCAUACACGUCUGCUUCCAGCAACCUGCAACAUUUAAGAAGGUCAUGCAGAUCUUACUGGACUACCUGGCGCAAAGAUUUCUGAGCUCCAUCUCUAUCCAUGAAGCUUCAGAGAAUAAGAUAGUUUCUUCCGUGGCUGGAAUUAUCAAUACACUCAUCCAAGAUGAUUCAACAAGGAGAUCAUUCCUGGUGUCCUGGUGCACGGCAUCAUCGGGCGCCGGCUUGGGCGACAACAUCGGUAUCCGCCGUGCUGUCUUAGCAGCUCUAGCAACAGAUAAGGACACAAUCACUUCAGUUCUUGAGAAGAGCCUCAACCAAUUCGGCGAUCAACUAUACAUUAAGCAUGCCGCCAUCCUACAGCAAGAGGUCCACACCCAGAUCCUGCUGCUUAGCGCUGGAUACGUCUCACGACUUUCUCCUAUCAGGCUCACUAUGCUUGUCAAAUCUGGCGCUUACAUGAGCAGCAUCUCGAAUCGUAUUGCAUCCACUCAAGAGAUGACUCGGAUUCUUGGCAUGGUUGUUGGAGAGUCGCUGUCUUCUCUAGUUGACAAGGGCAAGAACAAGCUCGACUUUCACAUGGAAGAAAUGGAGACUGAAGAAAUCGAAGCUCUCAAAUCCCUGACCAGCAUCUCGGACUCUGUUGGUCCUUUCAAUGACUUGUGCGAAGCUCCUCCAUCAAUCGAGCUUACUUCGUCGCCCACUCCGUUGCAAAAGCAAAUAGUGAAGCCGAAAAAGAGGAAGCCAGCACCAAAGACCUCGGCAGCUGAGCGACUACCCAAAGCAAUCAUUGAGGAAUUGAAUUCCUCUGAAGACGAAAACGACGACUUGGUACCUUAUACUAAAGGUUCUGACCCCGAAGACUCCGACUCCGAUGCAGAGCUUGUGCAGCGCAACAAGGUCAAAGCACCUGUAUAUAUCCGCGACCUCAUCACCUACUUUAGAGACGCCGAAAACUAUGACAAGCAAAAGCUCGCGCUUCAGACAGCGCCCACGCUCAUUCGACGAAAGGCAAACUACGGCACAGAAGUCAGGGAUCAUGCGGAGGAGCUGGCCAGCAUCCUCGUUGGCCUGCAAGACAAGUUUGAGAUGCAAGAUUUCAGCGAAACGCAGCUCCAAGGCAUGGUCGCUCUCAUGGUCGCGCAGCCCCGAAGCAUGGCGCCCUGGUUUGUAAAGACUUUUUUCGAAGGCGACUACAGCCUGUCGCAACGCACUGCCAUCCUCAUCGCCAUCGGCCUCUCCGCCAGGGAAGUGGCGGGGUUCGACACGGGCACUUUUACCUCGCCCGCCAAUUUUCCCUCGAAGCAGCUGCCGGAAAAGCUGCAGAAGUUGUACAUGAACGGCGCUCGCGUGGACCAGACGAUGAUGGAGUCGGCGGCGGGUGGCGGCCACCUCAAGGCACUGCCCCCCAACGCCAUCGAGGCCAUGUCGCAGGCGCUCACCGCCGACUUUCUCGCACCGCUCGCCGCCACGGCCGCUGACUCGGCUGCCGGCCCAGACGUGCUCAAGCUGCAGAGCUUCACCGCGCGGUACACACGUCGCAACACGAGCAUGGCCCGGCCCCGCGCGCGCGCCGUCCCCAACAUCACCGCGUCCCUCCUCGCGCAGUUCUUCUUCGCACCCCUCACCGCAUACUUCCAGGCCGCCCUGCGCAGUCACAGCGCUGCCGUCGUGCUGCACCCCGCCCUGCUUGCGCUGUACCUGCAGACGCUCGGCGUCGUUGUCGGCGCCGCGGGCCCCGCGACGCUCGCGCUUCCGCAGAUGACAACCGAGCUCUGGGAUCUGCUGCUCGGGGCGCGCGUGCGCGUUCUCGAGGCAGGUCUCGCCACGCUGCGCGGAUGGCUCGUCGCCCUGGCGGCGCUGCUGCAGGCGAAUGCUGACAGCGUCGGCGGCAUGCGCCGGCUGUGCGAGGACCACGGCAGGGCCGUUUUCGAGACGCGCGAAUGGGUCGGCGGCGUCUUUGAGCGCGUCCGCGGCGGCGGCGACGGCGAGGAGAGCGAUGUCAAAAUGCUCGCGGCCGGCGUGCUCAUGACGCUGGGCGAGGCAAUGGAAAAGUAUCAGGCGCUACUGAUGGGGGAUAUGGCAACCUUUUCAUGA